AUGGUCAACACGCCGUACAUAAUCAAUGAAAUUUAUGACAUUCUACAGAAGUCCUCUCCAUUCGAACUGACAUUGGAAGCCUUGCUGGCGUUGGGUGUGAUAUGGAUAGUGUUCUACAAACGCACGACGAAGAAGCUGCCAACAUCCGACGAAGAUAUUCUUGCACGGUGGACACCGGAACCGCUCGUGGCAGAAGUGCCGCAGGAUCACCCAGCACUGAAGACGAAAAUCGUCAACGGUCCGGUUGGUAAACUGGUGAAUGUAAACGGCAAAGAAUGCAUCAAUAUGGCUACACACAAUUAUCUCGGGCUGGCAGAGGACGAAGACAUUAAGCAGGCAGCGAUAAAGAGUUUGCGAAAGUACGGUGUCGGUUCGUGUGGCCCACGCGGAUUUUACGGUACGGUGGACGUGCAUCUGGAGUUGGAAGAACGGUUGGCGAAAUUUAUGCAAGCGGAGGAAGCGGUAGUUUAUUCCUAUGCGUUUUCAACGAUAGCCAGCGCCAUUCCAGCAUAUUCCAAGCGGGGAGAUUUGAUAUUUGUGGAUGAAUGUGUGAAUUUUGCUAUCCAAAAAGGACUGGACGCAUCACGAAGCAAGAUUUUCUACUAUAAGCACAACGACAUGGACGAUUUGGAGCAAUUGUUGCAGAAGCAACAGGCGGAGGAUAAGCGCAAUCCGGCAAAGGCUAAAAAGACGCGCCGUUUUUUGGUGGCCGAAGCAAUCUAUAUGAAUACCGGUGAAAUUUGCCCGCUGGCCCGUCUGGUGGAACUGCGGGCCCGUUAUAGGCUACGCUUUUUCUUGGACGAAAGCAUAUCUUUCGGUGUGCUGGGUGAAUUUGGACGUGGACUGAUAGAGCACUGUAAUGUGGAUAAAACGGAAGUUGAUCUGGUAUCGGCCGGACUUGAAUGGUCUGCUGCAACGAUCGGUGGAUUUUGCGCCGGGUCAUCGUUUAUCGUCGAACAUCAGCGGCUUUCCGGUUUAGGAUAUUGUUUUUCGGCCUCGUUACCACCCUUGCUCGCACAGGCAGCAAUCAGUGCGCUGGAUCGGUUUGAAAGCAACCCACGAAUAUUUAAUGAACUCCGAGAACGCUGUCGAAAGGUUUCAGAAAAACUUCCUCAACUUAAGCACUUCCAAUCGAGAGGUGAUGCUUUAUCGCCAGUGAAGCAUUUAUAUCUGAAACAUCAGCAUGAAUGCUGGGCCCAUGAAAAGAUGCUUCUAGACGAGAUUUCUACUGAGUGCAUAGACAAUGGGUUAGCUGUUGUUGCAGCCGAAUAUCUGGAAAACAUGGAGAAGCAUUGUCCGAGACCAAGCAUUCGGUUAACGGUGAAUCGUUUGCUAACGGCUAAGGAAAUAGACGAUGCUUUCCGAAUUUUGGAGCACGUUUCGGAAAAAGUUCUAGCCAGUGCGGGUUAA